CCCAUAUAUGCGUGGCCAUUUUGACUGAUGUGUUGCCGAAAAAAACGCGUGUAGUUCGGGUAUCACGUCCAUAAAAAUUUUCUUUUAUUUGUUUGUUAAAAUAAAAUUUAAAAGAAAAUUAAAUAAUAAAAAAGAAAAUAAUUCCAAGUACUUAAAAAUACUUGUGAAAAAAAUUUCCAUCAAACUCUAAAUCAAAAAAGUUCAACAAGUUUAAAAGGAAAUAAAAAAGAAAAGGCUCUCAAGAAAAAAUGGCUCAAGACAGUAGCAACAGCGAUAUGCCUGCAAAAUUCUCAACAUUAAAUGUUAAUGCUGUAGAAUUUGUGCCAAGUUUUAGUUUUGGUGGACCACCACCUCCUGCAGCAGCAGCUGCUACUCCGCCUCCAAUAAUUGCUGCUCCUUUAACUGGAGGCAGUGGCACAAACAACAGCACUCCCAACAACACUCCCACAGAGCCUCUUCAGCUAGAUUCUAUGGACUCGUCGCCCGACAACCAGCCGCAAUCAUCCUCAUCUCCUCCGGCCGCUACAACUCCAACAAUACCUCAACAGCAGUUAUCUCCAUCGAUUGCUGCGGCGCCUACUAUCCCAGAAAUAUUUGAUAAACUUCCUGAGAUUAUUAAUGCUGAGAAUGAUCCAAGCGACAGUUGGGAUGUCGAAGAGGAUCCCAUUAUCACUCCAGAUGAAGACGAAGCCGAUGAGAUUGAGGAUGGUGAGGCAGAAGGAGAAGCAACACCAAAAAUUUCCAAAAAGAAACCACCAAAAAUCGAGGACACUAAGAGCAAAAAAGAACACGUCAAUGUUGUAUUCAUCGGUCAUGUUGAUGCUGGAAAAUCAACAAUCGGUGGACAAAUUAUGUCACUCACUGGCAUGGUUGAUAAGAGAACCCUAGAGAAAUAUGAACGUGAAGCUCGUGAAAAGUCCCGUGAAAGUUGGUAUUUAUCUUGGGCCUUGGACACAAACCAAGAGGAACGUGACAAGGGAAAAACUGUCGAAGUUGGCCGAGCCUUUUUUGAGACUGAACGCAAGCAUUUCACAAUUUUAGAUGCUCCUGGUCACAAGAGUUUCGUUCCAAACAUGAUCGGUGGUGCUGCGCAGGCAGAUUUAGCCGUACUUGUGAUCUCAGCUAGAAAAGGAGAAUUCGAAACCGGAUUCGAUCGUGGAGGGCAGACACGAGAACAUGCUAUGUUAGCAAAGACAGCCGGUGUUAAACAUCUUGUAGUAUUGGUCAAUAAAAUGGAUGAUCCAACUGUGAGUUGGGAUGAGUGUCGAUACAACGAAUGCAGGGAUAAAAUUAUGCCCUAUCUAAAGAAAUUGGGCUUUAAUGCUGGCAAGGAUUUGACAUUUAUGCCUUGUUCGGGUCUUAACGGUGCAGGACUUCGUGAUUCGGUGCCAGAGAGCUUGUGCUCCUGGUAUAAGGGACUUGCAUUUAUUCCAUUUAUUGACCAGCUGCCUUCGUUGAAUCGUAAACAAGAUGGACCAUUUAUAAUGCCCAUUGUUGAUAAGUACAAGGAUAUGGGUACAGUUGUUAUGGGAAAAGUUGAAUCGGGAUGCGCUAAAAAGGGUCAAAAUCUUUUAGUUAUGCCUAACAGGACGCAAGUUUCUGUGGAUCAAGUGUGGACCGAUGAUGAUGAAGUUACAGCUGUGGGCCCUGGUGAAAAUGUUAAAAUUAAACUGAAGGGAAUUGAAGAGGAAGACGUUUCACCUGGAUUUGUCUUAUGUGAUUUUCAUAAUCCAAUCAAGACAGGAAAAAUAUUUGAUGCCCAAGUUGUGAUUUUAGAACACAAAUCUAUUAUAUGCGCGGGAUACUCAGCUGUUAUGCAUAUUCAUUGUGCGGCAGAAGAAGUAACGGUCAAGGCUCUAAUUUGUUUGGUAGACAAAAAGACCGGCGAUAAAUCAAAAACACGUCCAAGAUUUGUUAAACAAGACCAAGUUGCAAUUAUGAGAAUUGAAUGUUCUGGAAUGAUAUGCCUUGAACAAUUUAAACUUUUCCCACAAAUGGGAAGAUUUACUCUAAGAGAUGAAAACAAAACCAUAGCCAUCGGAAAGGUGUUGAAAGUGAUCGAAUAAAUUCGCAUACAUUUUUACUAUGCGACUAAAAAUAAUAAAACAAAAAAAUACCAUAACAAUGUUUUUCUUUUUCGGUUCGUUAUCCUAAAUAUUGUAUUUCGCGCAGAUGAAAACUAAAAAAAAAAAAAAAACAAAUCGAAAAUACUUACUACUUUAAAAAAAAAAACAACAAAUAAAUUUUUAAUCACACACACACGUACACUCCCGACAACAAACCAACCAACCAACACACACGCAUACACACAAUUUUAUGACACUGAAGUAAAUAAAAAAAAAAAAAAUACAAAAAUAUAAAAAAAGGAAAGAAA